GGGAGCCUGCGGCCCAGCGGCUGCGUUCACACUCCGCCCACAGCGGGGAGUUGCGGGAGCGCAAGGUCAAGUGCGCGUAGACCCCGCCCCCCAGUGUGGGGGCGGGGAGGGCUAGCCCCGGACAGUUGGUCCCAGCCCCGGGACAGUACGGGCCCCGAGGCGGCCCUGCGUCGGGACACCAGGAGCGAUCCCUGCUGCCCUGUCCUCCAGCGCGGGCCCAAGUUCAACCCGACAGAUCCCCAGUCCCCGUCUCUGCGGGUGCCACUGCGGAGCCUCGCGACUCGCAGGAAAGCAGGGUGGCCACUGCAGUGGGUGCAGACACGCCUGACAAGAUGAAGAGCCGAAUCCCUGUGGUGCUCCUGGCCUGCGGCUCCUUCAACCCCAUCACCCACAUGCACCUGCGCUUAUUCGAGGUGGCCAGAGACCAUCUGCACCAAACAGGAAUGUACCAGGUGACCCAGGGCAUCAUCUCACCCGUCAAUGAUGACUACGGGAAAAAGGACUUGGUGGCUUCUCAUCACCGAGUGGCCAUGGCCCGGCUGGCCCUGCAGACAUCCGACUGGAUUCGUGUGGACCCCUGGGAGAGUGAGCAGCCACAGUGGAUGGAGACGGUGAAGGUGCUGAGGCACCAUCACAGCCAGCUGCUCAGAUCUCCGCCCCCAAUGGAAGGCUCGGACCCCGGCCAGGCGCCCUCAGCACCCACAGCUGCGCCCCAGCUGAAACUCCUCUGCGGGGCAGACGUCUUGAGGACCUUCCAGACCCCCAACCUCUGGGAAGACGCACACAUCCAGGAAAUAGUGGAGAAGUUUGGCUUGGUGUGCGUGAGCCGGGUGGGCCACGACCCCAAGGGGUACAUCCUGGACUCGCCCAUCCUGCGGAGGUACCAGCACAACAUUCACCUGGCCAGGGAGCCCGUGCAGAACGAGAUCAGCGCCACCUACGUCAGGAGGGCCUUGAGCCAAGGGCAGAGCGUCAAGUACCUGCUGCCUGACCCGGUCAUCGCCUACAUCAGGGACCAGGGUCUCUACACCAAGGACAGUUCCUGGCAAGCCACAGGCACCCAGAGGAGCCAAGGAAAGACGAGCUAGGAGGGACUCAGCCACCCCUCCUCCGCCCAGCGCCUCCCGGGAGGGGGGCGGUGCAGUUUUUGUUUUGCUUUGGGUUUUGCUUUUGGUCAGCAUUUUUCAUUUGUUUUAUUUCUACAGUGAUGUUACCCUUAAGUCUUGACUCUCCUGCUCCAGGACAAGAUAACCUGCCCCCACAGCAAGGACAGACGCUUAUCAAGGAAGUUAAAAUGAUGGGGCGGGUCCUGAGGAUCAGGUAGACCCUCUCAGCCACUGCAUGGUAAUUAGCUCUCCGCACACUGAACACCAUUCUGUGCGCCCCAGGGUCCGAGCAGAAUUGCCCACGUGCAUUUUUUAACUAGGACCAGGUGCAGCAUGCUGGUCUUGAUUGGCGGGAUUUGACAGGAUGCUAAUUACUGAACAGUGGGCCUUGUCAAAGUCCUUGUUUCAAACAGAAUAAUACUAAACGGAGGAGUCAGAAAUUUGGAAAUUUGCUGAUUUCCUCUGCAUCUUGCCUUACAAACCGUCGUCUCCCUGCCUGCGGGCCUUUCGUCAAAUUUCAACUAAACUCUUUCUAAGGCGCGAUCCUCAAGUACUAUUUUUGAUACAGCGAGUAUUUUUAACACUGCUAUCCUCCAAAUACCAGGGCUUCUGGUUUCCCUGUUUCUAAAAAGGAACGGAGGUAAAACAGAUGCCUGUUUUAGGUGUUUUUGAAUGUUUUAUGACUGCCUACCUGUUGGAAUAUUGGCAAAGGGAUAAAUAAUAAACUGACAUCAAAAAGUGCUAAUGAAAA